AUGUCGUGGCGAAGGUUAUACCUCAGAAAGUCAGCGAAGCUAAGAGAGAGAGUAAGGGGGGCGGUACGGAAGAUUGGUCGCUCCGCAAAGCUGAGCUUUUCGGUUCGCUCCCCUAUGUGGUCGGCCUUCUUACCAGUCUGCCUCCUUUCUCUUGAUGGAAUAUAUCAAUACCCGAGCCCAGCUUUGCUUGCGUUCUUCACCGGCGCUCGCCGGAUGUAUCACUCAUCCCGCUCCUAA